AAAAACCACCGUGAGAAUACACACACAAAAAAAACUAAACGAUGCAUAAAUAGUAAUUAUUAAUAUAUCUUUCUGACGAUGGAAGUUUUCAAAUAGCUACGUCAAAUGUCUCAUUUAAGUUGUCGUGUUCUCUCGUGAUUCCUUUUCUUCUUCUUCUUCUUCUUCUUCUUCUUCAAGAUGAGUUUUUGAGAUAGAAGGAAGAGCUUUUAGAAUCCAUUGGUGUCCAACUUCGUACUUCUUGGCUUUACGUCCGGUCUUGUCGCUAAAGCCUUCUUUCUUUCCUUCAUGGUUUUGGCCACAUAAGUUGGCCUUCUCCAAGCCACCGCCUUGACGCAAGAACCCAUCAGAAGGUUUGGAUUUAGAUCUCUGUUCUUGAGUUUGCUUUCUCCGUAGACAAAGCAAGAGAGUGAGUGAAAAGUCAGAGAUUUCACGGCGUCGUUUAUGAAUCAAACCCUUCCACUUUGACUUUACUCCUGUUUUGUUAUCACUUAAAAAGUCUAAAAACAUUUUUGUUUUUAUAUUAUUGGUUUCUUAUUUUCUUUUUGUUUCCCAUUUUCUCUCUUGAUCGAUUGUAUAAACUUGGUGAAGUACUUCAACAUGUUUUCUGUGGGUUGCUUGGAGUUGAAGCUGUUAAUGAUUCGAAUAUUGCUGAGAGUUAUGUUGUAUUACAAAAGUUUCAAUCUAUAUCCUUUGUCAAAAAAAAAGUUUCAAUCUAUAUCAACUUCUAGAACAUGUGUGCUUGACUUCAUGAUUGUUGGCUAUCUUCUUUUGAUUUCACCUUUUAACCAUAGUUGCGUACAAGAAUUUAACUGUUAAUCUUGUUAAGUUGGUCCACCUUUAGUGCUGAACAUAAAGUGACAUUCUCAAUAAGUGCAAACUUGACUUCUGAAGCGUUUUUUCUUUCUUUCUUUCUUUCUGAUUAACGCAUGAUCUUAUCUAUUAACACCCUUCAAACACUAUUGAGGAUAAGGUUCUUUGGCAAAGUUAUAGUACUUUGUUAUUAUCAAUGGAGGUCAUGGAUUAUAGUAGGAGGACGAGGGAUUGGGUGAUAGAACAGUUGUUGAGGGAAGUAUGAAUUCAACAUCAACACACUUUGUGCCACCAAGAAGAGUUGGUAUAUACGAGCCUCUCCAUCAAUUUGGUAUGUGGGGAGAAACUUUCAAGCACAAUAUUGGCAAUGGGGGAGAUAUGAACACUCCUAGCCACAUUAUUAUACCGAAUAAUCAAAAACUAGACAACAACAACUUGUCAGAGGAUACUUCACAAGGAACAGGAGGAACUCCACACAUGUUUGAUCAAGAAGCUUCCACGUCCAAACAUCCUGAUAAGAUACAAAGACGGCUUGCACAAAACCGCGAGGCUGCUAGGAAGAGUCGCUUGCGCAAGAAGGCUUAUGUUCAGCAGCUAGAAACAAGCCGGUUAAAAUUAAUACAUUUAGAGCAAGAACUCGACCGUGCUAGACAACAGGGUUUCUACGUUGGAAAUGGCAUAGAUACUAACUCUCUCAGUUUCUCGGAACCCAUGAAUCCAGGGAUUGCUGCGUUUGAGAUGGAGUAUGGACACUGGAUUCAAGAACAAAACAAACAGAUAUGCGAACUAAGGACUGUUUUGCAAGGGCAAGUUAGCGAUGUUGAGCUUCGUUUGCUAGUUGAAAACGGCAUGAAACAUUACUUUGAUCUUUUCCGGAUGAAGUCAGCAGCUGCGAAAGCAGAUGUUUUCUUUGUCAUGUCAGGGAUGUGGAGAACUUCUGCAGAACGGUUCUUCCUAUGGAUAGGCGGGUUUCGACCCUCGGAUCUUCUCAAGGUUCUUUUGCCACAUUUUGAUGUCAUGACGGAUCAACAGAUACUAGAUGUAUGCAACUUAAGACAAUCAUGUCAACAAGCUGAAGACGCUUUGUCACAAGGUAUGGAGAAGUUACAACACACGCUUGCGGAUUGCGUUGCAGGUGGAAGACUUGGUGAAGGAAGUUACAUUCCUCAGGUGAAUUCUGCGAUGGAGAGAUUAGAAGCUUUGGUCAGUUUUGUAAAUCAGGCUGAUCACUUGAGACACGAGACAUUGCAACAAAUGCGUAGGAUCUUGACCACAAGACAAGCGGCUCGAGGGUUAUUGGCUCUUGGUGAGUAUUUUCAGCGGCUUAGAGCCUUGAGUUCGAGUUGGGCAACUAGACACCGUGAACUAACAUAGAUUUUGAGUUUUUGGAAACAAUUGAACAAGAAAAAGACCACCAAGAAGAAUCAAGAAUGAAGAUGUGUGCAUCUUUAAAACAGAGGAUUGAUUACUCGGAACAAAUGGGUGUUACUGCCGGUAAUUAAUUUUUAUUUCUGCGGUGGAAUCAGGGAAUUUGAGAAAUAUAUUGAUAAAGCUGUAAAUAUCAGAAGAGGGAGCUGAGUGCAACGAUUUUUACUUUGUAGCUUUUAUAGAGAAGUUUUUCUGAUGUUUGUUUGAAUAUAUAGAACUUGGUUCCUGAUAGAUAAUAUAAUACAUUAGUGUAUGUGUGUGUUCGAGUUAUUAACUAUCAUCUUGAGUA